AUGUGUGUCAUGCAUAGGUUUUCUGUAGCUUUCUUGGGUAACAAAACAACUUGUGUAAGGGUGUUCUCUGUUUUGUCUACAGCCCUGGGAUUCAUGAACAGUUCAGUGACGAGCACCGUGACUGAGUUUGUCCUCCUAGGCUUCCCUGGUGGCCAAGACAUGCAAAUCUUCUUCUUCUCCAUGUUCCUCGGAAUCUAUGUGUUCACCAUCACAGGAAAUGGCGCCAUUGUCUGUGCUGUGAGGUGGGACCAGCGGCUCCACACCCCGAUGUAUAUUCUUCUAGGGAACUUUGCUUUCCUGGAAAUCUGGUACAUCACUUCCACAGUGCCCAACAUGCUGGCUAAUUCCCUCUCGGAGACAAAAACCAUCUCCUUUGUUGGCUGUUUCCUUCAGUUCUAUUUCUUCAGUUCCCUUGGUACAACUGAAACAUAUAUUCUCUGCAGUAUGGCGUAUGAUCGAUACCUUGCCAUUUGCCGCCCAUUGCACUACCCAGCCAUUAUGACCCUCCACCUCUGCUAUAUUUUGAUGUUUCUUUGCUGGGUAUUUGGGUUUCUCACAUACUUGGUCUCCACAGUUCAACUCUCCCAAUUGGUUUUCUGUGGGCCCAACAUCAUUGACCACUUUGUGUGUGACAUGGACCCACUGAUGGCUCUGUCCUGUGUUCCAUCUCCUAUCACUGAGAUUGUGUUCUAUAUCCUGAGCUCCCUCAUUAUCAUCUUCACGCUGCUGUAUAUCCUUGGCUCCUAUACCCUUUUACUGAUAGCUAUAUUAAAAGUCCCUUCAGCAGCUGGCCGAAGAAAGGCCUUUUCCACCUGUGGAUCGCAUCUGACAGUGGUGUGUUUAUUCUUUGGGGCCCUCUUGGUAAUGUACAUGAGCCCCACAUUUGAUAACCCAGCUAAAGUUCAGAAGAUCAUAGCUUUGUUCUAUUCUGUGAUCACUCCCUUUUUGAACCCUCUGAUCUACAGCUUACGAAACAAGGAGAUGAAGGCUGCACUGAAGAAAGUCUUGAGGUUAGAAUGA